AUGACCUCCUCCUUAUUAUCGUUUCGAACGAUGUGCGUUUCGCCGAAAACGGUAUUCUUAAGAAACAACGCAAAAUCGAAUAAGAGGAAAAAAUUGUGCGCAAAACCGACCGCCGCCAACGCGGUUUCGCCCCCCGAUUCUUCUUCGUCUUCGUCGUCUUCGAGUUCUUCUUCCGGGAAGAAAGUCUCAAAAAACGCGCUAAAGAAGCAAGGGAAGUGGCAAAAAGGAGGAGAGAAUAAUCGAGGGGGUAAUGGUGGUGGUAAUAACACCAACAAGAACAAGAACGGCCCCGGGGGUGGAUCCAAAGCUGGGUUUGAGAUUCAAGGGAAGUUGACCCAGUGUUAUUCCUUGGACGAAGUGUUCCAAGUGGUGAGGAACGAAGUCGAUCAGUUUGAUUCCAUAAACGCGUCGACGGCGUUACAUCGCAUCGCGAGUAAAGGGACGCGAGAGUUUGAUGUUUCUUCUUCAUCUUCUUCUGUGAACGGGAGAGGAGCGUCGACGAGCGUGGCGAGAGCCGGGAGGAGGACGACGGGAAGUCGCGACGGCGGCGACGGACAUCCGUACGAACGGAUAAUAAAGAACUCGGAUUUUGAAAACUUGAUGGGUGUGGUGGAGAGUAACUUAGCAAACAUGGACCAGUUUGGUCUCGCAAACGUCGCGUGGUCGUUGGCUCGGUUGAGAGUGUUUGAAGACGAUAACGGGGAGAAUAAAGAAAUGAACGAGAAAGGCGCGGAAAUGUUGGAUACGAUUGCGAGAAAUUUCGCCAACUGCGUCAAAAGACAAGGCGGGUCGAGCGUUAGACCGCAAGCGUUUAGUAAUUUGCUUUGGGCGUUCGGGAGUUUUAAAUAUAAAAUUAGCGACCAGGAUGGAGUUUUGAGUAAAAUCUACGACCAGUGCGAAACGUCGUGGGUGGAAAACGCGGACGCUUGGAAGCCGCAAGAAAUGGCGAAUUUAUUAGUCGGCGUGGCGCACGGAGACAACGCGACCGACCGAUGGUCGUUUUACGAAAAGAUGCAAAAUUGUGCGCUUCACAAUUUGAAAGCGUACCCGAUGGAUGAUCGAAACGCAGACCCGAGGUUUGUGUUUACCUCCAGGGAUAUAUCAAAUUUUUUGUGGGGGUUGAGCAAGUCGCUGAAAUCUCAAAAGUUCAACGCGCAAUCGAUCGAUCCGGAAUUGAUUUCGCUGAUGUUGCAACGAUUGGUGGCAGAUAAUUUCGGUGGUAAACAAAGCGUUUUGAACGUCUCCAUGACUGUAUGGGCGCUCGCGAAUUGCAAGUGUCAAGUUCCGGCUCCGUUUAUGAAUGCGUUGAAUCAAGAGAUUCCGCGAAUGACGAAAAGACUCUCCGCAUCUCAGCUCGAUGCCAUUGCGUGGUCUAUCGGCGAGGCGAGAUUUACGUUGAAAUACGACGACGAUGCAAUCGAUGCCGUCGCGGAAGCCAUCGCAGAUAACAGAGAAAGCGUGUUUAACGAAUCUGAUCCGGAACUCGUGGCAAAAAUCUUCUGGGCGCUGUCUCGUCGAGGACGCAUUCCUGCGGAUGGUUCGAUAAUCGAUAAACUCGUUCGAAAAGUCGAAAAGUGCGUGGAUGACUUAGAACGCUCGGAUAAGCUGUUAAUCUUACACGCCUGGGGCGUGUUACGAAUCUCGCCUGGCGAGAACGUCGUCAACAAGCUCGUCCGAGCGUUUUUGGAUGAAGACGAAUACGAAGAGUUGGAACCGGACGAGUGCGCGAAGCUGCUCUGCGCAUACGGCCGCAUCAACCAUCGACCUUCGUCAUCUUCAGAAGCUGGAAGUAAGUUUGAAGCACACCUCACGCAUCUCGCACAAACGCUCGCGGACUCCGCCCAAGCCUCCAGACUCAACCCUGGCACCCUCGCGCUCGGCUUGUGGGGCUGCGCGCUCUUAAAACUCGACUUGGACGAAGACGUCUUAGACGUCUUAGCGAGAGACGCCAUCCGCCAAACCGAUUCGUUGCGUCCAAACGCGUUCGCCAAGUGCAUCUGGGCAUUAUCUACGUUAAGGUACGACCCAACCCAAGACGAUUUGGCCAAACUCACCAAGAAAGCGCAAGCGACGAUUUUAUCCCCCAGCGAGACCAACGACGCCAGUCAAAGCACCAGAGAGGAGGUGGAAAUUGCCCUGAAGAAGUUAGGCGGCGAUUCUUUACAUUAA